GAGCAAAUCUUCUCUGAUUGAAGGCCUCAGAGAGCAAAGGCCUACUGGCGGGAUAGUGCGCUCGAUUCGCUACUUUUAUUUUUGUGCUUGGAAUGAUUGCAGCUUAAUUCAAUCCUAUAACCAGCUGAUUUAUUUAGUAUUUUUUAUUGAGAUGCAAUUUAGAUCCAAAAUGCCACGUAAAUCCAACUCUCUGGACUAAACGGGAUUUAUGAUUUUCUGCAUCGUGUCGAAUCUGCCGAGCUGAACUCCGCGCUGACCAACAUGCGUGCUACUUCCUUGUUAGUGAGUCGGUGUGAGAGGGCGACGAGAAGUUUGAGCCCCGUAUAAGUAUGUGUGGAUUUAACUAACGUUUUCGAUGAGAUCUUCCCUUUGGAAAUCUCGCCAGGCGCAGAAAACGAGCCGUUUUGAACUCGUCACCGGGAGGACAGCGCUAUCCGAGCCAUGGAGGCGGAUUUAAAGGCUGUUGUGUGGCGGAUCUGCUAAGUUAGCACAGGCUGGCUAACACAAUCUCUUCAUCAUAUGCACGGAACUGGAUUACAACUCGAGGCUUUUAUUGACUUCUCCGAGGCUUUUUUAGGGGUUUAUCCGAUUGAUGUGCGUUGGGAUGAGUGAAUGCGAUGGAUUCGGUGUGAUCUGGCUGGGAACGGUCGCUGUGUGAGCACACAGACGCUAACGCUAGCUGUGCUAUAAUAGCGCUUAAAGUGGGUUUCAAAUGUUUUGCUUUGUUUAACACCGGGGAUUGAGACGCGAGCGAUAAAGUGGGAUAUUAAAUGCCGAACCCAGAGAUCGUUCCCCGCGAGGGCCGGGGGAGAAGCCCGCCGUCACAGAGGAGUCAGAGGGAGGCGAAGCGGAGCAAGAGCCGCCGCGAGCGGCACCGGGAGAAGCGGCGGUCCUCGUCGUCCUCCUCCCGGAGAAAGAAGCACAAGCACGGCUGGGAGAAGCAGCAGCAGCCGUGGCAGCAGCAGGAGGUGGUUUACGACGGGGGUGUUCGGACUUUAGUGGAGUACGACGACGUGAGCUCGCAGUCCGAGCGUUUCUCCGGUAGCCCGUCGCCCAGAACCGGCACCCCGUCCGUGAGCGAAGCCGAGCUCCAGGACUCCAGCUUCACCCCGGGCAGAAGCGAGCACGACGACUCCUCUCGGAGGAGAGACGAGAAGGGACGCCUGGAGAAGCAGAUGAAGAGGAACCGGUCCAACCGAGAACGGGACGCGGCGCUCAAGUCCCGCAGCGGCGUGAGAAAUCACGACAGUAACGGCAAGAAGCCUUCCUCCGCGGCCCAAGCGGACAAGAAAGAGUCGAAGCGACUUAAAAGCAAGUCCAAAUCCGAGAAGGACCCUCCUUCCGCGUAUAGGGACCCGCCGCAAGCUUACCGUGACGACUACUGGAGGAACAGCCCGAGCUUCAAAGCGGCGGAUAACGUUAGUCCCUUCGCGACGGCGUAUUCCUACGGAUACCAGUCUCCUAACACGAACUACCCGUUCAUUUCCCGGAGGAGCCCCGCUAAGAGGCUGUCUCCGAGCUCGACCUGCUACGCUCGGGAUUCAGAGCUGUACGGUGCCUAUAACGUCUCGAAGUCGCCGAGCUCGUACUCCAGUAAGAGGAAGCGUUCCCCGAGCAGCCCGUACUGGCGCCGGUCACCGAGCUACGGCCGACACAGUCCCUACGAGCAGAGCGAGGUCCCCCGCACCAGGAGCCCCUACAGAAAGUCCCCGAGCCCCAGUCCGGACGCCAGGCGGACGGGAAAGUCCCGCAGCAGGAGCCCGUACCAGUCCUCGCGUCAUUCUCGCUCGCGCAGCCGUCACCGGCACUCACGGUCCCGGAGCCGGCCCUCCAGCCUGUCCCCCAGCUCGCUGACCCUGAAGAGCAGCCUGGCCGCCGAGCUCAGCAAGCAGAAGAAAGCCAAGGCCGCCGAAGCCGCCCGCGUCAAGAACUCCAGCAAUACCUCCACCCCGACCAAGGGCUCCUCGUCGUCCUCCAGCGCUCCCCAGCCCAGCCCCGUCACCAACCACACAACCAAGAAGACCAGGCCUCCCUCACCGCCGCCUGUGUCCGAGAAAGGCCCCAGAACCCCGGUGUCCAGUCAGCCGCAGUCUCCUGUGGAUCGACCCGCCAAGAGGAGCUCGGACACCUCGCAGGCCAGCAGAGAAGCUAAGGUAAAGGAGGAUAAAAAGAAAGGAGGACAGUCCGUGCAGGUUAAAGACAAGGACCGAGAGAAAGCAGCUGCUCCAGCUGUAGCCCCUCCUCCGCUGGCAGCCAACAACCUGGAUCAUCUGGAUGGAAGCGACAGUAUCUUGAAGGAGUCUUCAGCAAUCACAGGGAAGAAGAAACCCGAAAGGAAAGCCCGUCACCUCCUCGCAGACCUCCCUCUUCCUCCAGAGCUCCCGGGCAUCGUCCCUGGUUCGCCUCACAGCUCACCUGAUGACAAAAAGACGCCCACCCCGCGGAAGAGACCAAAAAUAUGUGGUCCACGCUUCGGAGAGAUCAAGGAGACGGAGAUAGACUGGGAGCGGUGCGUUGACAAGUUUGAAAUCAUUGGGAUCACUGGAGAAGGUACUUAUGGACAGGUGUACAAAGCCAAGGACAAAGACACUGCUGAGUUGGUGGCCCUCAAGAAGGUCCGUUUGGACAAUGAAAAGGAGGGCUUUCCUAUCACAGCCAUCAGGGAGAUCAAGAUCUUACGGCAGCUCAACCACAAGAGCAUCAUCAACAUGAAGGAGAUAGUCACCGACAAGGAGGACGCUUUAGACUUCAAGAACGACAAAGGGGCGUUUUACCUGGUGUUUGAGUACAUGGACCAUGAUCUGAUGGGCCUGCUGGAGUCGGGCCUUGUGCACUUCAACGAGAGCCACAUCAAGUCUUUCAUGAGGCAGCUGCUGGAAGGACUGGAUUACUGCCACAAGAAGAACUUCCUGCACAGAGACAUCAAGUGCUCCAACAUCCUGCUCAAUAACAAGGGUCAGAUCAAGCUGGCAGAUUUUGGAUUGGCUCGUCUGUAUAACUCUGAAGAGAGUCGACCGUACACCAAUAAAGUGAUCACUCUGUGGUAUCGGCCGCCCGAGCUGCUGCUGGGAGAAGAGCGGUACACGCCCGCCAUCGACAUGUGGAGCUGCGGGUGCAUUCUGGGAGAGCUUUUCACAAAGAAGCCCAUCUUUCAGGCCAACCAGGAGCUGGCGCAGCUCGAGCUCAUAAGUCGUAUCUGUGGCAGCCCUUGUCCCGCUGUGUGGCCAGACGUGAUCAAGCUGCCCUACUUCAACACCAUGAAACCAAAGAAACAGUACAGGCGGAGGUUAAGGGAAGAGUUUGCUUUUAUUCCUCUGAUGGCCCUGGAUUUGUUCGACCAUAUGCUUGCGUUGGACCCGAGCAAACGCUGCACUGCAGAACAAGCUCUCAGAAGUGACUUCCUCAAAGACGUGGACCCAGCCAAGAUGCCCCCACCUGAUCUGCCUCUGUGGCAGGACUGCCAUGAGUUGUGGAGUAAGAAACGGCGCCGGCAGAAGCAGAUGCCGGAGGAGCUGACCGCUCCCAAAGCCCCUCGGAAGGAGCUGGGUCUGGACGACAGCCGCAGCAACACGCCGCAGGGCUUCCCAGCCGCCGGGGCGCACAAAGGUCCGAGUGCUGCUGCCGCUGCAGCCCUGCUGGACCCCAAAGCUCCCAACUCACAACUGACUCAAGAACAGCUGGCUGUGCUUCUGAACCUCCUGCAGUCCAAAAGCGCUCCGGUGGGUUCGGCCCAGUUCGCCCAGACCGUGGGUUCGAAGAUGAACCCGGAGACGCUGCAGCAGCUGACGCAGGCUUUGCCGCCCGGGCCGCAGGAGUCUGAGAGACCCCCGGAGCCACCUCCGCUCCCCAAAGUCUCCAAACCCCCUCAGCCGCCCCGGACACCACCCAUGCCCAAGCCGCCUUCGCCUCCCUCCCCGCAGCCGUCGGUCAAGAGCGACGGAGAGGCCUCGGCCGCAGCCACGCAGACCGCCGUCACCAUGUUCCUCGCUCAGCUCCUCAAAGUCCAGCAAGGAGCGGCAGGAGAGGUCAUGGGGUUCGAGGGGGCCGAGGGCGGCGUCUCAAACGCACCGGAGCCGCCGCCUGAGCCCAGCCCUGUUUCUCCAGCAGCUGAAGUCGGCGGCUCGUCCUCCAGGCCUCUAGAGCCUCUCUCCAUUCUCCCGCCGGACCAGAGACCCCCAGAGCCUCCAGAACCGCCUCCCUGCGCAGACCUGGACUACCGGCAGGCCCCCGAGACCAAUCCAGCGCAGCCGUCCUCCGCAGCCCCAGGAGAAGCUCCCAGACCCCCGGAGCCAGACUUCAGCCGCCCCCCGCCGCCUUUCGGCUUCGCAGACAGCUACCUCGGCCACAUGAUGCCCCCUCAGCCGCCUCUCGGCCCGGAGGCCUUCGCUCACGGAGCCGGCGCGGUGUUCAGCGGAGACAAGGACCAUCGCUUCGAGUACAAUCACAGCGGACCGCCGCCCCCUCCGGGCCAAGCCUGGACUUCUCCAUCCCAAUCCCUUCCGCUCGGGUACGUUCCCCACGUGAACACGGCCACGCUUCGGGGCAGAGGACUCCCUUUUUGACGGGAUCCCGACGAACUUCCAGACGCCUCAGAAAAGGAAGACUCGACGGCUGAUGAUGCACGCGGGAGUUUUUUUGAGCAAUGUUACCAGGCAACUUUGGUUAAAGGGAUAGUUCACCCAAAAAUGAAAAUUCAGUCAUUAAUUACUCGCCCUCGUGUAGUUUCAACCCCGUAAGACCUUCGUUCAUCUUCAGAACACAAAUUAAGAUAUUUUUGAUGCAACCCGAGAGCUUUCAGACUCUCACAUAGACAACAAUGCAUCUUCAAUUUUGCGAAGCUACAAGAAUACUUUUUUGUGUGCAAAAAACCAUUUAUUCAACAAUUCUUCUCCUCGGGUCACCGUCUUCGAGUACCCCAGAACGUAAUCAGCAUUGUUUAUGCUCAGGAGAAAGCGCAUGCAUGCUAUUAUUGUUUUCUUUGUGCGCACAGUAUUCUCGUAGCUUCCCGAAAUUGUGACCGACGUCACAUGGACUGUUUUAUUGCUAUGUUUCUGGGAACAUUUCAGCUGCAUUGCUGUCUAUGGAGGGUCAGAAAGCUCUCAUAUUUCAUCAAAAAAUAUCUUAAUAUGUGUUCUGAAGAUGAACGAAGGUCUUACGGGUUUGAAACGACACGAGGAUGAGUAAUUAAUGACAGAAUUUUAAUUUUUGGGUGAACUAUCCCUUCAAUGUUGCUUUCACCGGGCAACCAGGUGAGACCACGACCGAUCUAAAGGAUCCAGAUAGAAAUGUGCCACCCGUUCUCGACGGGAAAGUGCUCGAAAAAAGCCGCCCCGUGUAUCAUCAGCCUAAAAGACGCACGCAGUUGCCCUCGACCAGCACUAAGAGUCUCAGAACUCGAUUUGUAAGAUUUCUAAGUAUCCCGAGGGCACUCGAGUAACAGCUUGGAGGGACGAACUGUUGGGAGGGGAAUUUUUGCAUUUCCCGCUCAUACCAUUUCAUAGAGCUGUUUUCGUUUCCCCUCCGAUUGAUUUUUGUAAUCUAUUCUACUGCUGUCUUUUAAAUUAAAACUGUACCUUUUUUGAGUGUGCAUUUACCGUGCCAGGGUAAGUGUUUUUAUGACCUUAGCGUCUCCUUUAACUGCGUAAGGACAGACUAGUAUUACAAUGAUGUUUUGCACUACUGAAUAAAGUAGGUGGAAACAAGCGAAGGUGUGAUGGAGGAAUGUGCUGUAUCUGCACACGUACAUGACCAGUAAUGGAAGUCGUUUUCUUUUUACUUUUUCUUUCCCUUUUUUGGUCAGUUGUUUUUGGUUUUUUCCUUCCUUUCUAAUGAUUCAACAAUUAUGGGCUCUGUCGCAAGGGUUAAUUCACUGGAGGGGCUUGUAAAGGACUCCGGAGAGACUGGUAGCACUUCUGGAAUGAACUGGUGAAUCUACUGAACGAGUGAACGGAUCAAAGCUGUGUUUCUCACCGGUUCCCCACCAGCUCUUGUCUAUAGCCAUUGUAAAAUUGAAAGUAAAGAGACGUUUAACUGAUUUCAAGGAGAUGAGCAACAAUGUCUUUUUUUUGUAUGAAGAUGUUUUUUUGUUUUUUUCCCCCUUUGGCAAAUGUUUAUUAAAGAAAUGCCAACCAUGUAA